CAACACUUGUAAAUUUACUUUUUUUUCCUCUGCACCAAACAAGUACAACAUCGCCAGAAGUUUAUUUGGUUUUGGACCCUUUCUUUUUCGCAAAUAACCUCUCCUCGUCUGUUGACACAAUUACACAUCGUAUUUCUAUCGAAAUCGAAACAAAACUCCCUCUAUAAAAAAUUUCUUCUCAACAUCUUCAUCACCUUCAAAAAUCUUGCAACUGAUCGAAAACCUGCUCAGAAUGCCAGAAUACAGACACCAACAACAGUUUUCGCAAGGUUCGUCUUGCAAUAUGCCCUCCUCGUCCUCUCCCCGUCGUGUAGACCACGGUGCUGCUUCUAAUCGGCUGCCAUCUCCGAUGGCGGGGCCGCGCAAACGUGUUUUGCCGUUGGAGCAGGCCGUCUUACCUACCGUGGCCGGGCAUUCGGAGCGGAGUGCUUCGUCUCGUAACGGGUCGUCUGACGACAGUUACCUGUCGGCGAUGAACAAAGGCGGAACUACAGGAGGACAACGCAAGCAGGUUUUGUCUCUGGAAGAGCUUGUGAUGUCCCCGUCGACGCCCAAAGUAGAACCAACGACGAUGGCAGAAGCAGAGCCACAAGAACCAACGAAGCAGGACAAAAAUUCCACCAGGAGCUCCAAGAAGUCCUCCUCCUUGGGCGCCGUCGCGUCGUUCGGGGGCUCUUGUACUUCGGAGCAAAUUUCUCGUGGGACGAGUUCGGAACUAGCCCGAACCACGACGCAUGAGAAACACUUAAUGGAUCAACUCGCAACCGCCCUGCUUGCCGCGCAGAAGGGAAAGGGUAAUAAAGAAACGGCGGAACAACAAGAGCCGGUAGUUGUUGCUGGAAAGAAUAAUUACAAAGGAGGUUCUACGUCGAGUAGUUCGUCUCAAAAGUUCUUUGAGCUGGAGGAGCAGAGCGGCGAAACGAAACAAGCAGUGACGACGUUUCGGUUUCGGAAGACCACGACCCCUACGGGGUCUACUACUUCCCAUAAGAAAGUCAGCGCUCCGCCGGGUCUGGACCUGUCUUCUUCUUCGGAUCAUGACCAGACCCCGUCGACUACUGCGGGUGAGGACACGACUAUGAGACUACACAACUCCCCCUCCCCCUCAUUUGUAAUGCAAAAUUCCAAAUCCAUUCUUUGCCCCUUGGGACUUUAUGCAUGACAAGUUCUGGAACCUCAAACAGCACUACAAUCCUGGGUGAAUUUGUCAUGCAAAACCUGCAUUCUUGCCGACGCUUGUAUUGCUGUGCAUGCCAGACAAAUGAGGGGGAGGGGGAGUUGUGCACUCUCAUAACGACUAGGAGUACCGCUCGACCGGAUACAACGACGUUCUCCACGACUAUGUCUUCUGGUGGAGCUGCAUACUACCCGUCAACCACCACGUCUCCUCACAGCUCCGCUGGCUCCUUCGCGUCACCGGUUGCUGGCGGGAAAACAAGAAAGGCAAAGGGUAGCAGCACGCAGCAAAAAUUGGCGCUGGGAAAAACUGCUGCAUCUUCAUCGUCGACAAAACACAUUUCUUUCGAGGACCAGUAUUAUGCAGCAGCUACUGCUGCUGCUGCUGCCGCGGCAACUACUACAACUCCCGGCCAACUUGGGAUGACCUUUCCGCCGAUUUCCCCGCCUUUGCCUUUGCCUUUGCCGCCGAUUCUAGAACAACAAACCGCGACCCCAGGAGCUGCAGUGCCUCACCACAUGAUGCUGCCUAUGAACUGCAAAAGUAUCGUACUCGUAUGAAUGCAUUACAAAUUUCCUCAGCAUGAGAAAUAAAAUUUGUAAUGCGGAUUUGACAUAGUGAAAAGAUUUGUAAUGCAUUAUUUGCAAUACGAGUACGAUACUUUUGCACAUGAUGCUGCCUUCUCAGGAGCAAAUGGAUUUGGCGGUUCACGUAUCAAAUGCAAAAAUGUCUGGGUCUGGGAGAUUCUCAGACUUGUCAUGCACGUUUUGCAUGAGCCAUGAUGUCUGUGAUGCACGCCGUAGCAUCACAGAUUUUUCGAGGGGUUCUUGAAGCCUAUUUCGCAUGACAAAUGCCUGAUCCGCGUAGCAAAAAUUACAUUCCCUUUGCAUUUGCUACUCACGCAAUACAAUUUUUUUUGGAAUCCAAAUGCAGCAUCACAAGUUGCAUUCUUCCGGACCCAGACAUUUUUGCAUUUGAUAUCACGCGGCGUUGUUCCAGCACCAGGUGGCGCUGACGAUGUCGUAUGCAAGCACGCUAUCCGCGACCGCGGGUGGAUCCUCGGGUUCCGCUACUGCUGCUGCUUCCCCAGCGGGUACUACGGGUAGCUCUACGCCAGUCUCGCCUUUCUUUCCGCCCAGCAUGCCAGCAUCACCCGGCGCGGAUGUGCUUGAUAUGCGUGCCUUUCACAAAGCAGCGAAAGCCGCAGGUCUCUUGCACAGCGGCCACAGCUAUCAAAUGUAAAAAUGUCUGGGUCUGGAAGAGUCAUGCUGUUUCUGCAUGACACAGAAGGUCUGGCAUGAAGCUCUAGCAUCACAAGUUUCGAGAAGCUUCCGCAAUGCCGGACCCGCAUGACAAAUCCCCCAUUUUGGUGACAGAAAGUGGGCAGCUUUUGCUAGCUAUGCAUGAGAGAUUUUUGUGUGUUCUGAAAUGCGCAUCACAGGUUACAUCCUUCCAGACCCAGACAUUUUUACACUUGAUAACAGCGCUAGCAUCAGUGCCGGUCGCAGCAGCGUGGGGUCCUCCGCCUCCGCGUCGAGUGCGGUUUUGUCGAAAGAGAUCAAGUAUCCUGUGCAAAAGUAUCGUACUCGUAGUAAUCGCAGUCAUGCAUUACAAAUCUUCAUCCCAAGGCAAAACAGCAUGACAAAUUCCAUUUGUCAUGCUGAGCUAAUUUGUCAUGCGAUUUAUACUAGUGCGAUACUUUUGCAGUUCAUAUCAAGGAGGGAAAACGUCAUCAACUCAAAGAGCAGAAUAAUGUUAAUGCGAAGGCUAUGGAAGCGUCAGGUUUAAAAUCGUCAAAGUUGAAAUAGUUUGCCAUGCAUAAAACGGAUACCAGUCAGACCUACAGUUUGUAGUCGGUGCAUGACAAAUCUUCUCGGUCCUGGAAAGGAGUCUGUCAUGCGGUUUAGGGCAAAAGAGCUGCCUUCUGUCAUGCUAGUUAGCAGUCCAACUUUUGAAGACCCUUACCAGGACUAUAAUCUGCUUCCCUUGCGUCCUCGGCAAUAGAGUCACUUUUUGUAAUCGCAUUUUAUGCAUGGCAAAUCAUUUCAACUUUGACGAUUUCAAACCUGACGCUUCCAUAAAGGCGAAGCUCUCGUCGUCCUCCGGUGCAGGAACGCCGCAAGAAGCGUUGUCCGCCACCUCUUCCGUCAGCUAUCCUGUGCAAAAGUAUCGUACUCGUAGUAACCCCAUUCAUGCAUUACAAAUUUCUUUCUCAAGUUAAAUCCGCAUUACAAAUUUUAUUUCCCAUGCUGAGGAAAUUUGUAUUGCAAUCCAUACUAGUACGAUACUUUUGCAAUGCAUAUCAGCUCCUUCGCGUCGAAACUGCGCGAAAAGGCGCAUUUUGAGAAGGAACGAGCUCUGGCUUCCGCGCAUAUCAAAUGCAAAUAUGUCUGGGUCUGGAUAGAUGCAACUUGUCAUGCUGUCCUUGAAUUCUAAAAACAUCUGUAUUGCGUAAGCAGCAAGAGAAGUCGACUGUUUUGCUACGCGGAGGGGGUAUUUCUCAUGCAGUAUGGGCAUCAGGAGGCCCUCAGGAAAUCAGUGAUGCUACCGCAUACAUUACAGACAUCAUGGGCCAUGCCAAAUGUGCAUGACAAGUCUUCUCAUCUUCCAGACCCAGACAUAUUUGCAUUUGAUAGCGCAGCAGAAGAAGCAGUCCGCGUAUUUGCUUCAACUGCAGCAGCUGCAGCAGAAGAAGUUGAAAUACAGCUACGAUUUGUUCAAGAAGGAAGAGAAAUUCUUCUUCGACACGGAAGCUUUUCAAAAGGAAUCGAAUCUGAAGAAAGCCGCCAACGACUACGACAUUGUCAUCGUGGGCGGCGGGGUCUCCGGGCUGUUGUCGGCGUAUCGCCUGGUGCAGAGAAACAGCCAGGACAAAGAAGUAGCAGGUGGUGACGACGCUAGCGCAAACGCUGUUAAGCCAAAGCCUGCGUUGAAAAUCCUCCUGAUUGAGCAGAACCCGAGUAGCCUCGGCGGCAGAUGCAAGUCUUUUCUAUCCGCCCCGAAUCUGGAUAUGGGCGCGACCUGGGUCUGGCCGGAGGAACAGCACCGGAUCAAGGGGCUGUUGGAUGAGUUUCAGGUGAAGACCGUCCCCCAACCGGGGUCGUUCACGGGGGAGGAACGGGUGGAAGGCGGUAUGGAGCGAUUAGUGAAGAAAUUACGGAAAGCGAUUGAGGGGAAAGUGGAAAUCAAGAUGGGCGAGCAAUUACUGAGCUGUGUGGAGGAGAAUGUGAUGAUGAAGAUGAGCAAGGAGAAGGAUGAUGGUCGCGCAUCGUCUAGUACUUCUGCCUCCUCGUCGUCAACUGAUAUUAAGUUGGACAACAUGUUAGGCGACCACGUCGAAAACAAGGACAAAAAAGGUACAACCGCAUCUCCAUCUUCUUCAAGCACUCAACAUUGCGACCCGGAAAAAUCCAGAGUCUUCAUCACGACGACUUCUCUCCUCGACCGGAUCACCAACACGAAGAAAGCCACCACGGCUUUAACGAACGCAGCCGGAGAGCUGGUCGCGCCGACGCACAGCUACACGUGCAAGCAGGUGAUCCUCGCCGUGCCGCCGAAGAAGGUCUUGACCGACGUGAAGUUUGGCCCUUAUUGGUCCUACCCGAAAUACCUCCCGCUCGACAACAUCCGCCAGAAAAUGGCCUCGCAGCCGAUCUGGAUGAGUUGCUGCGGGAAGGCGGUGUUGCUUUAUUCCGAAAAGUGGUGGAAUUCCGAGACCAUCGGGAAAAUCAAACUCACCGACAACAACUCGCCGAACCCAAACACGAAAAGAUCCCCCACCGCGCAAUCAAUCAAGGCGGGCCUGAUGGGCACGCCCUUGACACAACCACAAGACAACACGAAGGUCAACGCAAUGCAGGUCUUCGACGCGGGGGAGGUGGUGAUGCACGUGUCCGAAUUUGCCGAGGACUGCGGGGAAGAUAACAAGGGAACUUUGUCGCAGUCCGGGUCCGGGUCUGGGAGCCGGAAAAGCCGGUCUUCCUCUUCAAGGAGUACGAUCAAGGGGAGUGGUAGUUCAUCGGGUACCGGUUCCAAGAACAAUCCUCGUUUGAUUGAUGACUCCGAAGACGUCGCCUCGGUGAGCAGAAAUCCGGUCGCGGUGGCAGAUGCUGCGAAGGAAAGGGAAAGACGCAGUGGUGCCACUGGUCAAUCUCUUUCAGCUAGUUCGAAGGCUUCUACAAGCAAAGUCAAGCUGUACGCCUUGGGGUUCACGAUUACGGUUGGCCGGUGCUCGGCGCAUUUGACCAACACACAGGUGGCGGACCAGAUCGUGCAUCAGGUACUUCAUCUCGGAAUGCGUUUUGCUUUCAGCAGCAUCGUGCGGCUUCUGCAUGACAAAAGUUUCUGUAAUUCAGGAUGACCCCAGUAGUUUUUAUGCUCCGACGAGUUGGUGAAACUGAAAUUUGUGAUGCAUUUUGUGCGUCGUUUCUAUGCCGGGAAUUUGCGUUGCUGUUGAACGAGCUGAAAAAUAAACUCUCUCCUAAUAUCGCGAUCAGGUUCUGAAUUCCAUGCCUCUCCCAGACGGUAUCUCGAGGGAGCAGGUGAAGGAGUACGAGGGCGUUUUUUUCUAUGGAACUGUCAGGAUCGAAAUUGACAAAAUCGAAAAAUUUGUAAUGCGUGAAAUGUAGAGCACGUAUGGCCUGUGUUGGGGAGCAAGCAAAUGAGACCGGUGGCAUGCCUGUUUAAGGGAAGGCGUUGCGCUGCCAGAGUACCAUGACAGGAGCAGUCUUCUUUGCCCAAACAGCAUGACAGACUGGAUUUUAUUAGUGCUUCCAAGAUUUGUCAUGCGCCACUUGGAAACUGAGGCUCCAACUGGUAUCGAUUUUAUGCAUCACAAGUUUUUCGAUUUUGUCAAUUUCGAUUCUGACACUUCCAUAUUUUCAAAAACUGGCGUCGGGACGGCACGGUGAACGUGAUCGGUGCGCCGGAAGUGUUUCCGAUCCAACCGCGGCCGAUCCACGAUUUGAAUAGCACGGUGGUUUUGCCAGCAAUGGGUAAUAAAUCAGCGGAGACAGGAAAGUUGUCCAAGACUGCCAGCUAUGCAGUGCAAAAGUCUCGUACUCGUAUAAAUGCAAGUCUUGCAUUACAGAUCUUUUUUUUAAUGUUAAUCUACAUUACAAAUUUUAUUUCUCAUGCUGAGAAAAUUUGUAAUGCAUUUAUACGAGUGCGAUACUUUUGCAGUUCAUACCAGCAAAGACUCGGGAGCCUCGACGGCGAAUUCUGGUAGUAGUGCUUCGGACAUCAAUGUUGUUCAGCAGAAGAUUCACAACCGCCGCAUCUGGUUUGCGUCUUCCGAGGCGGCGACUGAAUGGUGUGGCAUGCUGGAAGGCUGCUGCCAGGCGGUGGAGAAAGUUUUGGAGAAGGUGGAAAAACAAAUCGACGCAGAUUCGGAAAGUGCGAAAAUGAUGUUAAAAACCUCCUUGGGAAUGGGAGCAGAGAAGAAACAGCAAGAUGAAGAAGAAGCACGAGAGCAGGUCGCUGCUUUUCCUGUCGAAUCUUCGUAA